AAUAGUCGCUCCAAGUUUGGAAAAAUGACGAGAAAGCAGAUUUGCUGGAAUUCUUUUGAAUUAUAUUAUCGUGUCUGUUGAAUUUGUUCUCAAUUUAUACCGAUGUGACCAUUCGCGAAUUUAACGAUGACCUCUCCUGUUACUCUUUCCACGAGUGUCAACUCUGAAAAACUCAUUUCUGACAUAAAAGAAUACAUCGAAGACUUGGUGUCUGAAUUUUCAAAUUCUGCAAUUCCUAUCGACGAUGACAGCCAAAUUUGUCAAAGACUUUGUGUGAAACUCGAGCAAUUUCUACUUCUCGGAUAUAUCGAAAAAAUCAGCUUAUUCGGGCGCAAGAAGUCUUCGUACUGGGAUUUUUUCCGAUCAUCCCUCGUCUCUACCAAAGGCGGUGUUGAUUCUGCGAUUCGUUAUGCCUCCUACAAUCCAGAGGUGCGUACAAGUCUUGGUCGAGGUCGAGCCUUCCUCAGGUACUGCCUGGCUCAUGGUUGUCUGGCCGACGCCAUUCAGCAGAGCCUGAUGACCCCAGAAAUUCUUUCAACCUGGUAUCAAGAGUCGGCUUCGAUGAGAGAUGAAAACUUGGCCCAAGAAUUAGUUUCUGCCACUUAUGCUUUGGCCGACGUCAGCUUCGACCUUGCCCCUGGAGGUCACGACUUGGACGCUGAGUGGCCAUCGUUUAGACGCAAUUUUGGCUCUCCGUCGAGAAACCUGAGCUGGAAACCGCUGAGUCGGAGCACGAGUUCCGCCAGUUUGUACUCCAGCAGCUUUUCCCUCGAUCCGAGCAGCCCACCCCCAGGAAGCAUGGGGGCCAUGGAGAGUUUACCUGAGGAUUCACGGCAGAAUAACAGAAACAAUACUCCUACUACUUUGUCACCCACAGAUGAAGUUAGGCAACUAGUUUUUGAGCACAGAGAAGAAGUGAAGAGCUUAAUCAGCAAGUAUGAGACUGAAAUCAAAUCACUUAGCGACGGCAACCUUCAGCUGCAGGAAGAAGUUUCAAAAUUGCGCCUGGAGAAGGACGGCGCCGUCCUCGACAAAGUAAAUUGUGAAAAAGAAAUCGAGAGUCUCAAAUCGCAAACGUUCGAGCUGAAACAUUUGAACGAAAAAUUGAUAUUUUAUGAAGAAGAGUGCCAGCGGCUGCAGAAGCAGUUGCAGGAAAAUGAAAAGACCACGAGAGAAACAAUCAAAUCACACACCGAGUCGGCAGCAGAUCAAGACACAGAACUGCACGAACUGAAAAUGAAACUUUUGGAGACGCAGUCGGAAAACAAUACGCUUAAAACGCACAUGAGCAGCAUGGAGGUGGAGUGCAGCAAAAUGACCAAGCAGCUGGAGGAGUUUGAGUUUGUCAAGGCGUCGCUGGAGUCGAGUGAGGCGCGGAGCAAGAAUUACCGAGAGCAGCUGGACGACACGGAACAACUCAAGAAAAAACUGGCAGAAGUCGGCGAGGAUUACGAAAGAGUGGUUGAAAAAUUGAGGACUGAGGAAACAAGGUGGGCAGCUGAAUUGGAGCAGAAAGUGCAGCAGGCCAAGUGGGAGAUGGGAAGUUUGCAAAAGUGUGUCGACAACCUCUUGAAGGAAAACGGUCAGCUCCGAGAUGAUCUCACAAAGGCUAGCACGACUAUGGCAGGCUCACGUGACAAGUACUCGACAAAUGAGCUGUACGUCCAAAAACUAACAGAACAAGUCACUGCUCUCAAAGACGUUGUCUCGAUCGGCAAACAAAUGCUGGGCAUGCGAGACACGGAGGUGGCGCAGCUGCAGCGAAAGGUGCAGAACCUUGAGGACAUGCUGGAAGCAGAGCGGGAGAAGAACACAGUCCUCAGCAGCGCCUUCAAACCGGAGUCGAUGGCCAACACCGACCUGAAGAAGGAAUACGAGAGCCAGUUGGAAAACAUCAGGGCCCUCAAAACUAUUUACGCGCAAAGGAUAGAAAUCAUGACCCUGGAGAACGAAGCUUUGAAAGAAGCUGGUGAGGAUCGAGACAGGCAAAUCGAGCUGAUGAGCAAGAGAUACAAAUGUUUGGAUGAGCAGUACGAGAGGAUGAAGGAGUCUUUUGCAAAGAAGGAACAGGAAGUGUUGGAGUUGCAGGAUAAAAUUGUAGCUUCCUCCGAGGAGUGCAAAUCUCUCACCACCCAACUCGCCAUGAUCAACAACCUUUUUGCCGAGCUGGGCAAAUCGGACGUUGACGCCGAGAAAAUCAAAUCGCUUCAGGAGGCUGUGACUGACGACUCUGACAACAGCACCAACCACUCCAAGGUGUGGGGCGCUUUGUCGGACAUCCUGGAAAACAACCCUGAAGGUCCGCAGCCUCCUGUGAGCGGCUCCGAGGGCUGCUACAAGAGCAUAAACACCCCCACCGGCCCUCAAAACGUAAUCAGUGUGAGUCAGACCUUCCUCAGGCUGAAGGAUCUUAUCCUGGAAAAGAAAUCGCUGGAAAGGGAACUUGGCCAGCUGAGGAAUUUGAACGGCCACCUGGAGUCAAAGCUUCACCAGCAGGAGAGGCGUUUGUCUCUUGUUCUGCUUGAGCUGAAAAAGACCUGGGGCGUUGUGAAUAAAAUGAGAACUCAGCACUCGCAGCUGCGAUCUUCAGAGGCCAUCCUCAGGUACGACAUCCAGCAAAAGAGGAAAAUCGUCAACGAGCUGAAAGAAGAACUGCAGCACUGCAACGAUAUUUGGAAAAAGGCCAGAAACAAGACGAGAGAGUCGGAGGAGACCUGGCAGGAGCUGAAAAACGAAUUUGUCUCGAGGCGCCGCAACCGACCCCUGGUGCCCGACGACUCACUGGAAAUGAAUUCAGGGGAAAGUGGCUUUUCCGACGACAGGGGUGACGACAGCGGAUCCACCUCUGAAGGCGAGGAAAACAGCGGAGGAAUCACCGGCAGCGAAAGGUCGUCCGAGUCCGUUGUGACACCCGAGGAAACCUCUCGACCCGGCAGCUCAAAUUUCACCGAGUCAACCAUCAGUGACGAAAAUGAAAAUGCUUCAAGUGUCAAGUCGGUUGGAAUUUUCACUCCCCGCGCGCCUUCGGAAUCAGUCCAGACUCAAGAAGAGCAGGACAAUUUGAAAAACGAACAGGCAGAGGCGCCGAGAACCGAUUUUGAGGAGAUGCUCGACGCCAGGGACGCCAGGUUGACGAGGAUGGAGGAGCAAGCGAGUCAGUUGUUCAAAAAUGUGGUGCGGACGUCCAACAUGAGUGUGGCUAUUUCGAACCGGCUAGAGGAAUUGCACGAGCAGUACGGACCUGACACAGACGAGGACAGGGAGACGCGUCGGCUGCAGAGGAAGGAAAGGAGAGAGGCUGCUAAAUUAGAGCCCAAGGAGCCAAAAGAGGAGGACCAGUUUUUUGACGCCGAGACCGAAGAAUCGAUCGAGGCUCGCAGACUGCAGAGGCGCGAAAGGAGAGAAGCGGCGAAAUUAGCAGCCAGCAAUGCUGACGACAGCAAAUCACCUUCCCCUGCCUAUCUGCAGGCAGAAAGCACUUGUGCCAGCAGGAAGAGCAGUUUGAGGCUCAAACUCAGCCCUGCUCGCUCCGAAGACCAAACCCCGAAGGUCACAAAAGAAAAAGACGAAGUGGCUGAGAAACUGCUGGCGGAGCAAGCUGCGAAGGAAGCGAAAGAGGCUGAACUGGCUAAGCUGUUGGAAGACUUCAACUGUCAAAGUGAAACGAUUGCUCAGACAAAAAAGGAACUGAAGAGGCUGGAAAAGAGUUUGGAGGACGAGGCGACAGGCAGGGAAGAUCUUAAGGAGACUCUUGCCACGACUUCAAAGGAAUGCGUCGAUUUAAUCCAACAGGUUCAGGAGUUGAGUGAGACUGAAAACCAACUCGGAGCCAAAUUGCUUGCUAAGGAUGCCCUGCUUUCUGCUCAAGGCGAGGAAAUGGUUCAACUGCAAUCCGACAUCAAAAACCUUCAAGAGCAUGUCAUGAAUUUAGUCAAGCAAAAGGAGAAACUUUUCAAAGAGUGCUACCAGCUGAAGCAAGCGAACCGAGACCGACUGUGGCAACACGACAGCUUGGCGCAGCAUUGCUCCUCCUGCAGAGUACAAUUUUCUCUUCUCGUCAGGAAACACCACUGCAGACAUUGCGGACUGAUCUUCUGUGGUGCCUGCUCCAGCCAUUGGCUGCCAGUCAGCAAGGAAUCUAGUCGAAGAACUCGCUCUUGCUCAGAGUGCCAUUCGAAGUUUCAAGAAAACUCAGAUGCUUCUAACUCUGAAGAAACUGGUGCUACCUGCUUAUCUGAGGAUUCUACUGAGGGACCUAUUUCUUUUGAUGUGCGGCCUGACAGUGACGACGAGGAAGACUUUUCUGUGAUCAGUGAAGACGACGUGAACCUCUCCCAAUGCGUUCCCUACACUCCCAACCCUGAAAUUCUUCAGUACUGGAAAUCAAAUGAGGUGCAGUCUGGAAUGACGAAGCGUGUUGCGGAAAUGUUGGGACACGGAUUGAGUGAGGAGAUUUGGGUUCGAGCCGGUGUCAUUUAUGGAGUCCCUCUCUUGGUCGUUGCCGAAGACUUGGCACCCCAAGUUAACAUUACCUGGCAAUUUUCUACUGAACCAAAUUGUAUAGCAUUUUCGAUCCUCUACAAACCUGACGCCGACGUUCCACCUGAAAAUUCAUCAAUGUUGGUGCCCACAACUAGGGUCAAUUCCCAUUUGCAUCCGAUCAGGGGCAAGCUGAAGGCAAGGAAAGAAGGUCUUUACACACUAAUGUUUGACAACAGCUAUUCAAGGUUUACUGGAAAGAAACUGAAAUUCUCCCUAACCUGUGAAGUUGGCCCAGGAAGUGGCAGGUCGUCUGCUGACCCUGAGUCUCCAGUUCGAACUGUCAGCAGGUCACCUUCAAAAGAUUUGAAACCCCUAGCAGAUUCAACUUGAUCAAUUGCUUUUCUUGCAUUGUGGUUGGCAUUUUAAUUUCUUCUAAUCAAAGAUUCCUUGCACUUUGAUGCAAUUAUUUGCGGCUCAAUGUGUGUAUGUCUGCUAGUGGGCGUGAGAUGUAUAUUCAUUUAACUCGGCGAAUUACGUUGUAUUUUUAUAAAGAGCGAAAUAUGAUAUUUUAAUGCCUCAACACAAAGGUUGAACCUGAGUUACCAGAGCGUGGUGCACUUGGAUCCGAAUUAUCUGGUGACCACUGAAGAUUUUCUCGGACGUAUUAAUAUUUUUGUUCCUUAUUUUAUCGACUUUUAAAUUUUUGUCGUGUUCGACAAUUUUAAGCUUUUACUCAUUUGAAAAAGAAAAUAAAAGUUAUUAUUUUAUUGGGAAAUAAUUGUUUAUUUUGUAAAUUAAU